CCUAACCUCACUUUCUUACAAUAUAGGUUAAGAGUAGAUGUACUUUUAUUUGACAAAAUAAUUCAUCUCUGUAUAGUGUUUGACUCGUUUAUUAAAUAAGAACAAAAAUGGGAUAUGAAAAAACAAAUAAAAACUUGAAGAUCUCAAAAGCGGGCACGGAAUCAAUAGAAAUAUAUAGCGUAACUGAUCAAAAAGAUAGCAGUGGAGAUACCUUCAGCGUGGACUACUUAUUCAACAUAAUUCUGGUGAAGGAACCAUCUAGCCCAGAUAUAGACUUGAGAAAUAUUUCAGUAUUACAACUAUCCCAUUGCGGCUUAACAGAUCUGCCAAAAUCGUGCUGUAACUUGAAUUUGAGGAAACUGGAUUUGUCCCAUAAUAGACUGAGUGAAGUUCCAAUUUGCCUAUAUAGCGGCUUGAAACACUUAGAAGUCCUUAACCUGAGUCAUAACGUGAUAAGUUCCUUCCACUUAGAGCCGGAAUGCGUGGCAAGCAUUAGGACUCUCAAAUUGAAUAAUAAUUGCUUCAACAGCCUUCCUAAAUGGGUGCUGAUGUUCCGAUGCACAAAUCUAGAAGAACUGAAUUAUAGUACCAACAAAGCUGAUAAUUACUCGUACCUCAAAAAUAGUUAUAACCUCAACAUAAUGAGACUGAAAAAACUCAAACUGAGAAACUGUCAUCUGAUUCAAGCAGACUAUGCUUUCUUGAGAUGCUUCAAACCACUGACAUACUUGGAUAUCAGCAACAAGCAUGAUAAGUUCAUCAACAAGUUGGAUGAAGUUGAUGAACUUUUCGUCAGACCCAAGUGGCGACACUUGCAGAUUCUGAAGAUGAAUAAUCUUUCACUGGCGUUUUUUCCAGAAGGCAUUGCCUGGUUAGAGAACUUGACAGAGCUGCACAUGAAGGAUAACUGCAUUUCAUGGUUACCUGAUGGAAUAGAGUUCAUGGUCAACUUGAUUGUUUUAGAUGUUUCAAACAACGAUAUGGUGGCCAUUCCUGAGAAACUCACCAAGCUUGAAGGCUUGGAGGUUCUGAAAGCUUCGGAUAAUUACAUAACAAGUGUGCCGGAUUUCACAUUCAUGUCAGCGUUAAGAGUGUUAGACCUCUAUGAUAAUUCGAUAGAACUAAUAUCUUUCAACCCGGAAACAGUCAUGGAAAUAGACUUGGAGAAUAACUAUCUAAAUACAGAGGACUUGCAGGACUGCGAUUAUGAAGCGAAAAGAGAUAGAAUGAGAAUGGAGAGAAUGUUUUUGUUUAAUCGUUUGAUUGGGCCUAAACUGGGAUGUGAAAGUUUGAGUCCGAGUCGUACCUACACAUCGAGUUUGAAUUCGGAAGAUGAAUUGGACACCAGAAUAGAUGAGUUGGAUACCAACAUUUUAUGCAGUAAAUCAGUCGAUGAUGAAGAAGAUUGGGAUUUGCCUAGGAAAGAGAUUGAAAGAAGUCCAGAGAUAGAUAGCGAUGAUCACGAAUGGACAGGAUCUGAAGAUGGACAUGUACGAAAACCGAAAGCUGUUACUGAAAAACUGUAUAUAGCCGAUGAAGAUUGGAUGUUUGUUGAUGUUGAUACAGAAGAGUACUUAUGAUAAUUGUUUUAAUAAUUCGAAAACAUGAGUUAUGUAUUCAGUUAUUUAUUUAAUACAUUAUUAUUUUUACGAUUUGA